AUGACCGCCGCAGCGUCCUCGUCGCCCGCCCGCGGCCUCCGCCUCUCGUACCUGCGCCACUUUAUCAUCAGCCAUGGCGGCGAAACCAGCUUUGCCGGCAAGACGACGGCUCAAGUCUGCUUUGAGUUUGUCGUGCCAUUGACCAAGCCAACCGAGCUCUCGCUCGUCGACCACGUCGCCAACGACCCAACGACCGCCGAUUACGUCUCACCAGCCAACUGGUAUGUCUCGCACGCGUGGCAGUACCUCUUCUUGGAGACCGUCGACAGCCUCGAGCGCUUCUUCGCCGACCGCGGUCUCUCGGACAAGGCGGUUAUUUGGUUUUGCGUCUUUAACAACAACCAACACCUCGCGAGCUCGUACCCGUUCGAGUACUGGUCGACAACGUUCAAGAAUGGUCUGGCAGCCAUCGGCAACGUGGUCAUGAUCAUGCAUCCGUGGAACGACCCGAUCGUCUUGCGGCGAAGCUGGUGCGUCUUUGAGGUGUACGUGGCCGUCACCAUGGGCGCGCGCUUUGAGAUUGCCUUGGCGCAGGGUCAAGAACAGCGCUGCAUCGACGAUAUUGCCGAGGACGGCGCCUUUCUCAAGAUGCUGGCGACCAUCAAGAGCGAGGACUCGGAGACGACCGUGCCCUCGGAUCGCGACGGCAUUUUCGAUUUGAUUCGCGCCGAGACGUCGUUCCUGGCCGUCGACCGGCUCAUUUUUUCGACCUUGUCGUCCUGGAUCAAGGCGAUGCUCGAGGCAGCCAUUGCCACGGCACCGUCUCUCGUCGAAAAGGCCACGCGGUGGCAACAUCUCGGGGACGUGUACCGCAACUUGGCUGAAUUUAGCGACUCCGAGCGCUGCUUCCGGACGGCUCUGGCAUUGUCUUUAAACAUGCGGGGGGCCGUCCAAGCCGAAACUCUCCGCUUGCAGUCACUGGUCGCAUUUGCAAUGGCCCACCAAGGCAAGCCCAUCGAGACGUGGGACCCGCUCUUCCGCGCCACGCUCUCGACCGCGACGACCUCUCUCGGCGAGACGCAUCCGGUGACGCUGGCAACACGGGGUCACUAUGUCGCGUCGCUGGGUCAGCACGAAGCCUUUGUCGCUGCGCUAUCGCUGGCGCUCGAAGAUUUCGACGUGCGGCGGUCGCUGCACGGUCUUUCCGAUAAACGCACGGCCAAGAGUAUUGCUGAGGUCGGGCGCAUGUACGUGAGUCUCGCCGAACCUCGGCUCGCGUCGCGCUGGCUCCGAAAGGCGCAUGGUAUCCAAGCGAAAUGCUUGGGCCGCGAGCACAUGGCCACCAUGGGGGUGCUCACACUGCUCGUCGUCGUGCUCUUGCAAAUGGGCAAGGGCGACGAAGCAUUGGCGCUCGCAGAGCAUGUCACGCGGUCUCAUGAACGCACGCUCGGAGCGUUCCAUCGCAACACGAUUGAAGGCCGUCUCAACGUCGCGACGAGCUUACUCUUGGCAGGGGACACGGCAGCCGGGACGGCGCAAUUGCUGUCGGUCAAGUCGACGCUCGAGUCGCGUCCGGAUCUGCGCCAAAUUCUUUUUAUUGUCUACCUCAACCUCGGCAUCGCGUACGGUAUCCAAGGCCAGCAAGAAAAAGCACUGUCGUCCUACCGCCGCGCCUUUCUCAAUGUCCCGUGCAAAGUCAGCGCAUGGGUGCUCUACACCGUUGCAUCCCAUGGCCCUGCAUGCCAAGACGACAUGGCGCUGGCCCGAGAGUACGUGGAUGCGCAUCCCGAUGCCGCGCCUGAGACGUGGCUCGAGAGCUGCAUGGUGUGCUACAAGCCAAUGGUCGGCUGCCUCGUCGCAUGCGACGCGUGUCCUCGCGACGUCUUCAAGUUUUGUACGAGUUGUCGGGACACGCGACCGUCACGGCUGCUGCGGUUUUGCCGCCACGACCUUCAAGCGACAAAAUGGACAAGCACGUUGCCGCCGCGUCGGUUCUUUCUUGAACACGAUCUCUUGGCGACAGAAAGCACAACGUACUCGGAGGUUGACGAGCGCUUUGGCGCGUACGAGUCCUACUGCACGACAUACGAGGUUCCGAUUCAGGAGCGACUGCGACGGAAUUCGAUUUUGACGCUGAACCGCGGCUGGCACCCAAUGCUCUAGCUAGUCGACCCGAAAAAAAUCCUUGUGGCAGCAAGUAAUAUCAUGG